UGCUUUAACUAACUUCAUAACGAGACCGUUCAUGGACAUCGUUCCCUCCGUCCGCCCAACCAUUCCCACCUUCCUCACGCCGACGCAAUUUUUUAUGCUCUCCACCAACCCUCUCCGCGCUUUCUCCCUGCAGCGUUCUCGCGUUUUCGUCCGUCGCCCAUCUCCCGAGAAGCCGAUUCUCUCCGUCGCUCCAUCGACGGCCGGGGAAGGUGCGUGUUCCUGCGAGACGUCGCUGCUUGCUUGCUUCGAUUUCACGGCUAGUCUGGGUUAGGCCGAGGUCUGAAAUGGACUUGCAAUCGCCCUGUGUUCUAGUUUUAUCUGGGAAAUCGCCUGCAGAAACGGAAUUUGCGAAAACUUUGAAGAGCAGUAGCACUCUCAAACUCCCUGACAACAGUGAAGUUAGAAUCUUUGUGCAUCCAGAUACUCAGAGGCCACCAAGUGAAGAGUCUUUCCAAAUUGAUUUGUUUCUGAAGUCCCUUUUGACAAAUCAGUUUGGUAGGUUUUUCAUUUGGUCUCCACGCUUGCCAUCAACUCACGACGUUGUUGCGCACAACUUUUGCGAACUUCCUAUUGGUGCAGUCUGUGCUGCUGACAUUCAAUCGAAAGGACGAGGAAGGUCAAAGAAUCUUUGGGAAUCUCCAAUUGGUUGCCUCCUCUUCUCUUUUACGAUUCAGAUGGUUGAUGGGAAAAUCGUGCCUCUUCUGCAGUAUGUAAUUUCGCUGGCUAUUACUGAGGCUAUAAAGGAGAUAUGUGACAAAAAUGGACUUCCCUACCUUGAUGUUAGAAUAAAAUGGCCGAAUGAUCUUUACCUAAAUGGCCUUAAAGUUGGGGGCAUUCUGUGCACAUCAACUUAUAAGUCGAAGAAGUUCAAUGUUAGUGCCGGUAUCGGCUUCAAUGUUGAUAAUGAGAAACCAACUGUGUGCUUGAAUGCGGUCUUGCGAGAAUUGUCAAUUACUUCUUACAAAUUUACACGGGAGGAUAUCCUUGCAGCUUUUUUCAAUAAAUUUGAAUACUUGUACGAUCUAUUUAUAGAUCAAGGAUUUCAAGCUCUAGAGGAGCUGUAUUAUAAGACAUGGUUACACAGUGGUCAGAGGAUAAUUGUACAGGAGAAGAACGAGGAGCAGGUGGUGGAAAAUGUUGUUACUAUACAGGGACUGACGCCAUCAGGGUACCUUUUGGCUGUUGGUGAAGACAACCAGAUGUGUGAGCUUCAUCCUGAUGGCAACAGUUUUGACUUCUUCAAAGGACUGGUCAGACGGAAGCUUUGAAUAAGAUUCGUUGCCUACUCCAAUCGAGGCAUAAGCCAUGCACCGCGUGCAUCCCUCAGGACUUGUUGCUUCAAUGUUAAUUAAGUACUCAUAAAUAACGUUUUAGUUUUCAUUUAUUUUUUUUAGAAAAACAUCCCAGGUAAGAUAAGAAGUUCAAAUUAAUUCAUCAGCACGGGAGUGAAGGCAACUUGUGGACAUAUUGUUUUAGCUUGGUUGCCUGCAAUAAAGCACAUAUGGUUGACCAUAUGUAUCAAUUGGGCUUGAAUCUCUGGGGACAGGGUUACCAAAUCACUAGUCAAUUGAACCAAUCCAAUGUCAUUGAAUGCCAGUCUUCAAUUGUUUAAUAUAUCGUGGCAUCUCCUUUGCAAAUCGCUGGUUGUGGUAUUUGUUUGUAAGGACUGUUCCCAUAAAGCAUUUUCUGUAAUGCUGGAACAUGCAAGAUGAAGAUUGUUCCUUCAUUA